GAGACAAGGUACUAAGCAACAGCCACUAAAAUGUAUGUGUAGUUACGAGAAGCGCAAAAGCAAAAGCAAUUUUAAGUCUAAUUUUUUGUAAAAAAGAACAAUGUAAAACGCGCUAGAGGAACGACGAAAAAAACGAAGAAGAUUCACUGGAAUGGAAUGUUCAUAAAUGUUUACAAACAAAAAAAAGAAAAAACGAAAAACAAUAUGUUUGCUCCUGACUUCCUUACAUACAACACUGUCCCCCAACAACAAUCCCCCACACACUAAACACAACACGAAAAAAACCACUAAAAACAACACCCAAACACCCACACACAAUGCAAUACAAAUACAGACAGUUACGGAUACGGAUACGGAAUACGGAAUACACUUGUUAAUGAGAAUGUGCGCGUGUGUGUAUGUAUGUGUAUACCGACAUGUUUCAGAUGAAAUUUAAAACGUGUUUUAAUGAUUUUAAGCAGGCAAACCAUGCAGCAGCAGCAACUACUACUAUAAAUGUAACAAUUCAAUGUGAUAGCAAAACAACAAAACAAAACAAAAACAAAAAAAGAAAACCAGAUGAUGUUGAUGUGUACAGAGCAGGAGAGAGUUAUAGGCAUAGAUGUGAGAUGAUCAUGAUCAAAUUAAGAGCACAGGCAGGGCCAGAGAGAGAGGGAGAGAGUGAGUGAGUGUGUAACUACACUUAAGUGUAGUCUGUGGAUUAAGUAUUUACAGCUCAUUUCAACAAUAGCAAAAAGCAGCAACAGCAACCAUCAAAUCAAAUCAAACACCUAUCUAUAAUUAUAUCAAUAAACUUGCCGGAUAUACUGAACUAGCUGCCGUUUGUCUCUGUCUCUGCGGGCCAACUGAAUCAUUUGCCUGCGGGUUUUCCCCAGGAAUUUUACAGGCAAAGUGCAAGCGAAUGCAAGCGACUAGCGGAUGCCCAGCGUGCGAUUUCUUUAGCGAAUGUUAAGUGUCAAAGGAAUGUACCCGUUUUGCCCCCAAAGGGUAGACAUGACAAAUGCGUGUCUGUCGAUGCCAAGAGGCUUCAUGAAUCGUAGCCAGCUUCGCCACCCUCCACCCCAGGGACCAUGAUGCUCUCUACCCGCUGUCAAAUGCGUGCGUUGCCUGGCUGCGGGGGCCGCGAGUCACGAGUGUCCUGGCGGCCAUCGAUCAAACAAUGGCGAAAAAAUUUGCAUUUGCCAGGCAUUGGAAAUAGGCAAGACGGAACGGCGUAACAACGGAUGCGUGCCUGGUAGACACAAUAAUUAAAAAGCGAUUUGUUUAGGGCCGAGGCGCAGGCGAUUGGCUGUGUGUGUCUGUCAGGGCAUUGGGUUGGGGCUGCCAACCGCCAGCGUCGCCGGCCAGGCCCCCAGCCGAAAAAACAAAAAAAAAACCAAAAAUGGGCACCACUCCGAAAUGGUACUGCCGCAACAAAUCCCAGCCGAUGCACACGUUCGCGGAAAUCGCCAAAUUGGGCCUGGAGCUGCGACGGAUAAGCAAACGGAUUGUGAUCGAUGUCAAUUCAGCGAUCUUCAGCGAGCAUGAUACCAUUUUGGAGGAGUGCGAGCGCGUGGUGGAGCAGUACUGGAACCUGAAGGAUGAGACCAAAAAUGCCGACUUUCAGUCGCUCUCCAAGAAGAUCAAGCGCAGUCCCUACAACCAGCUGCUGAUGAAGAAGUUCCAUCUGGUGAUGGAGCUCAACGACAGGCGCUUCUGUCAGCUGACAUUUGUGCUCAAGCGAACGCUGAGCUUGCUGCUGCGCAAGUCCAUGCAGUCGGAGAUGUGGCUGAACUGGGCGCUGCACAUUACCCAGCUGUACAACAAGUGCCGCAAGGUGCAGCAGCCGCUGCUGGAGCAGCCAGAAGUGCAGCAGCUGCCGCUGUGCGCCGCUGAGGAUCCCGAAUCCGAUGAUGGAGAGCCGAAGCUGAGCGGCAAACGGAAGGAGGAGAUGCAUGCCAAUGUGUGCAGCAAUAUGUUCCCAGGCCUACUACUCACGCUCAAGCCAAUUGAUUUUGGCCACGUUCUGCAGCUGGUGGCCCAGACACGUGUGGAGCAGAAUGCCCUGGAUCUGGUCUUCGGUCUGUUCAACAUGGGCGAGCAGGAUGCCUGGCGCGAGCAGCAGAAUCUCGAGUCCACCUCCUCCAGUCUGGAGAUUUUGCGCACUCUCAACAUUUCCUUUGCCGCCGGCGACUAUCCGCCGUACUGUGAUUCCGCACAGGACUGCAAGGCCAUGCAGAUUGCCGAUGGCAAUCUACAGCUUCAGGAUGCGGAUCACGAUCACCAGAGUCUGCGCUGCAAGCAUACGGAGAGCUUUCUGCAGAAGGAGCGCGUGUUCAUCGCCCAGCUGAUAGCCAAGGCAACGGAGAUUAGUCCGACUAUCUUUGACAAUGGCAAGGGCGGCGCCACUGUGGACAUGAACGUUUAUAUUGUGAAGGGUUUGCGCUUGCUCUGGUCAUAUGUGGGCAUCAUAUUGGAUCACAUACUGCUCUGGUGGAUAGACACGCCCGUCUCCUGCUACAGCCUCACCCACAUUGACUCCAUACGCAGCUGGCUCUAUCACCAGAAUGUGAAUGAUAUACCUGAACCCGUCUACUCUACGCUGCGUGGCAUUGGUGAAAUUCUGACCGGUUUUGUCUGCAAUAACAUUUGGGAUCAGCUCUUCCGCCUGACCCUCAUAUCAACGAACGACUCGAAGCGUCUGGUGGAUGUCGUUGCCGAACAGUACCGCGAUUGUCCCAGAAAUCUAUCUGGCACUCCAACGGGCACCGUGUGGAUCAGCAUAUUCGCGAAUCUGGUCAACUUGAGCAAUCAGUAUUUCUCCAAUUUGGAGGCACACAACAAUUCCAGUCUGCUGCCAGUGGCCGAGCAGAUACCCAUAUUGCAUAGGCUGGAUCACUCUGUGCACUCGAUGCGUCUGUGGGUCACCGAACAGGCGAAGCUGCUGUGCUGCGAGUGGCAAAUGGAUCGCUUCUUCCAGAUACUGGAGCACGAUGUGAAGCUCUGCCUGAAUGUAUUCAUUACCUUUAAACUGCCCAAACUCACUGCCGAUCUGAGCGAUAUCCUAAUGCUGGUCUGUGUGGCGCUGCGCACCAAGCUGAUAGCCGAGGUCAAUGCCAAUAUAGACAAAUUAAAGAAAACCACCGACGAGUGUGUUCAAAUAUUGUCAGCGGUGUGUCGAGUUCUUAGUCUGGCCAAUUUUACGCUUUGCUUUCCCGCCGCCAACUUUUGGCAGCGCGAGAUCUACAACAACGAGGAGAAGAGCCUGUAUGUGGGCUAUGUGCUGGACGGGAUCUACCUGCCCAGCAUACGUGCCACCAAGGACAUUGUCAUACUGAAGCUCAUCCUGAAGCUGAUCUGUGAGGCCUGGCUGGACUUUAUCUACCAGAAGCGCAUCCGUUUCAGCAUCAAUGGCGCCGUGCGGCUGCUCAACGACUUUGACGAUGUGCGCGAGUGGAUUUUGGCCUGCACUCUGCUGGAUGAACAGCAGCUGGACAAGCUGAGCAAUCACGAGGUGCUGCGCAUGUGCAAGGGCGUGGGCAAGAUACUGCUGCGCAAGCCAGAGGAUGUCAUCUCCAUUAGCCAGUCGCCCAAGUACGACAAGAAGUCGCAGGAUGCUGCCGGCCAGGACACACAGCUGCCCUCGGAGAUGUUCGUCUCGAAUCAGAAGCACUGGCUGCAGCUGCGUGCCAGUGGUGGCAGUGGCUUCCCCUUCCUGAAACUGUGCUGCGGCGAUGCCAUCAUGUAAUCUGCCGCCGAUUGUCUGGGGGCUACAAAAUGUGUUUAUUGUGUCGCGCAAAAUGCUUUACAAAAAAGAGAAAAAAAUCUAAAAUAUACGAGUAAUCUAUAUAGAAAAGAGGCGGGGGGGACUAUGGUUAUUGGUUGUUUUGGAAGGAUUCGCACAUCGGAUCCGGGUCUAGGCGGGCACUUUGCGACUUAUGAUCUUUACCAGCUCAUCGACACGCUCGCUCUUGCCGGUAAAUUGUUUUGGAUGCGGUCCAAUCAUCUGAAUGAUCA